AGAGCGAGCGAGCUGGGUCACUUUGCUGCACAGCAGAAAUUGACAGCCCACUGUACAUCAACUACAAUAAGAAAAGAAUGGAGUAAGGCAAGGUUCAGGAAAGGUAUCUUGAAUCCUAAAAUGCUUAAAGGAAGGUAUGAAAUAGUAUCUCUCAGGGAAGAUAAUAAAUUGGGAUUGGCUGAUGAAAGAACAGGAUAAAAGUCAAGUAUGUGAAAGAAUUUUUCUCUCCAUCUGGAAAAAACAGAAUGUACUAAAACUAGAGCAUUAAUAACAGAGGAUACGCAACACUUAAGGAAACAGAGCAGAGCUGCUGACAGAUGGACCCAACCUUCAGAGGGGACUAAACAUCCGAAUGCACCUGUUUCAGGACAGCCCAGAGCCCCCUUCACCUGAGCUCAUCGGGUCAGCUCAGUGACGCGUCCAGGUUGUGCAAGCGCCUCUCUCUGGCUCAGCGGCCUGAGGGCGGGCAGUAACAGGCCCCUGGACGGUCCCUCCCGCAGGGAAGACGCUCUAUGACACAGCGUCCCCAGGCCUGGCCUCCCACUCGGGAAGGCACCUGUCCUGGAGCGGAAGCCCCGCUGUCUUCUCGGAGGCUCCUCUCCUGCCCCGGAGCCCCCGGCUGCCCUGUGCACAGGUGAGGCCGGCCCUAGGGCCCAGCCACCCUGAAACCACGACGUCUCCAUUCCUGAAGGGCGGUGGGAAGCGGCUGCCCGGGUGAACACUGGACAGAGUGGGGGCUUGGAGCCAGGUGGGCAGAGAGAAGGUUCCGGAUGGCUUUUACCUUCUCUGGCAGCGGUCCUCUCGCGUGGAGCGUGGGUAGGUGACGGCAACACUCUGCUCCCAGGGGAGCUGUGACGGUUCCUGCAGACAGAACCGAAGGCAGGCUCCGAGCAAGAAGGAAGGCGCAAAGCUGCCUGACGAGCACGGAGGGGCUGGCUCGGGAAAGAAUGUCAGACGACAGGGCUUUGGCGAAAGAACUGAAUUUAAAAUAGAUUUCCUCAGAUUGAGAAAAAUCCUUUACCUAGUUACUCAUCUCAUGGUUAACUCAGGCCUGGCGUUAAACUGCCGAACAUAUGAAUGAAACUCUAAGAUUACUCGUACAAAAUUAUGUUUUGGCCUAUACGUCCACGCAGGUGUGUGUACAGCUGCUUUUUCUCCCCUGAAGGGGUCAGUUGUGCCAUCUGCCUUCCUUCCUUAACACGCUUCCCUGUCAGAAAGCAGGCGUCUUGUCUACACGGCCAUGUUCAGCGGCUGCCCAGGUCUCCACUCUGCGGCCACACCGUGGCAUGCCUAACCAGCCCCGACACCGGGCAUUUGAUUCGGCAGCAAAUUUUCACUUUUAAAAUGAACACUGGGCCAGACAUCUUUCCCUUACGAGACCCUGAACACUGCCGACGGAUAUAAAAAUGGACAAUUUCACGACCCCCUCGCAAGCUCCUCAGGAAAGUGACUGUGACCUUUACGCCCACCAUGACACAGCCAGGAUCCUCAUGCCUCUGCAUUACAGCAUCAUCUUCAUAAUCGGGCUCCUGGGAAACUUGUUGGCCCUGAUUGUCAUUAUUCAAAACAGGAAAAAAAUCAACUCUACCACUCUAUAUUCAACCAACUUGGUGAUUUCGGAUAUACUGUUUACCACUGCUCUGCCUACACGGAUAGCCUACUAUGCGCUGGGCUUUGACUGGAGAAUUGGCGAGGCCUUGUGCAGGAUAACUGCUCUCGUGUUUUAUAUCAACACAUACGCAGGCGUGAACUUCAUGACCUGCCUGAGUAUUGACCGGUUCUUUGCUGUGGUGCACCCCCUGCGGUACAACAAGAUAAAAAGAAUUGAACAUGCAAAGUGCAUCUGCAUAUGCGUCUGGAUUCUUGUAUUUGCUCAAACACUCCCUCUACUCAUAAACCCCAUGUCAAAGCAGGAGGAUAAAAGGACUACGUGCAUGGAAUAUCCAAACUUUGAAGAAACACAAUCCCUCCCCUGGAUUCUGCUUGGGGCCUGCUUCAUAGGGUAUGUACUUCCUCUCUUAAUCAUCCUCAUCUGCUACUCUCAGAUCUGUUGCAAACUCUUCAAAACGGCCAAACAAAACCCGCUAACUGAGAAAUCUGGUGUAAACAAAAAGGCUCUCAACACAAUCAUUUUUAUAAUUGUUGUGUUUGUUGUCUGUUUCACACCUUAUCACGUUGCCAUUAUUCAGCACAUGAUUAAGAAGCUUCAUUUUCCUAAUCUUUUGGAAUGUAGUGAAAGACAUUCAUUCCAGAUAGCUCUGCACAUUACAGUGUGCCUGAUGAACUUCAACUGCUGCAUGGACCCUUUCAUAUACUUCUUUGCGUGUAAAGGGUACAAGAGGAAGGUCAUGAAGAUGCUGAAACGUCAAGUCAGCGUGUCAAUUUCUAGUGCUGUGAAGUCAGCCCCUGAAGAAAACUCCCGUGAAAUGACGGAAACGCAAAUGAUGAUCCAUUCGAAGGCUUUAAAUGGAAAGUAAAGAGGAAUCAAAUCUUGGAUUUACAGCAAAAUAAACUAUGUGAGGAACUUUGCAGGACUUUUCUCAUAAAGCAAAAUAGUUGUUCCACUUCCAGUGAGGAUUCGGUUCCAUUCCUUUCACUCGGUACCAUUUCUCACCUCCAACUUGGAAGUAAAAUGGUAUUUAUGUAUUUUUUACACUUACAAGAACAACAUUAAGCAAAGUUCUAAUUUGUAAAUGAAGUCCUACACCAAAGGGAGAGUAUGUGAAUAACUCUCAGCGAAAAAAGACAAGUUUGGUUUUAAUGAAAAAUUUAGUCAUUAAUAUUUCCCACCAAUACCUUGGCAAAAGAAAAAAAGACUGUUGGAGUUCCCGCCAUGGCGCAGUGGGUUAAGAAUCUGACUGCAGUGGCUCGGGUCCCUGUAGAAGUGCAGGUUUGACCCCUG